AACUCGAAAAUGCAAUGGCGCUCACUGCCCAGCCUUGCCUUCAUUGUUGAUCGCCUGGCCAUUGGAAGUUGGAGGGAUCGGGCCGAUCGGGUCAGACGCCAAACGGAAAAUCUGGCAGUGACGAUCUACCGGGAUGCCGUUCACAACGGAGAAAGUUUCUUCAAGCAUGAGGGAGGGGCCGUGGAUUGCACUCCUUGCGUGUUGUAACAUUUUACUGGAAUGUCUCCUGAGUUCUGAGUCAGCAUCCUCCCCCCAAACAUUCCACGAACAUGUUUGGAAGGGUGACAGUUGCAUCUGAAGGAGACAGAAACCGGAGUCGUUGCCGAGCCUUGACCAUGCUAGGCGGCUCUUUUUUGGGGCCUUCGGGGUUGCAACCUCCUGAAUGGAAUCCCUGCACUAUUACCAACUUGCAGGGAACAAAUACCACGCCGACGUUUGAUCAUCCCGGCCAAGAUUGUUACAGCCAUUCAACGAUCCGCUUGAUGCACUUGAGGUCUUUGCUACGGCAUGCAAUGCCCAGGAGCUGCCAUGAGCCGGUGGCUUGUCUAGUGGCAGCUCUUGCCCUUUCCAUUUCCAUUUCUCACGGCGUCGGCGAGUCUUGUCAUUGGCUCUCGUCCCACCAACCUUGCAGCAGCCGUCAUUUCCAACCUCUCAGCACUUCUGUGCAUUUCCUCUGUUUAUCUUGGGCGUCGUCGUUCAUUCGCCUCUGUUUUAUAUUUCGGUGCUGGGCAUCGGCCGGGGGAUCACGAGUGUCUCUUCUUUCUUUUUGGUACUAUUUGCCUAUCGUUUUGAAAUUACUUGCUUUCGUUUCUGGUAGCUGGAUCUUCCCGACUUGAUACUGGCGCGCUUUUAUUCUUGUGUGUCACUCACCCACAGAGCCUCAAGGCCUCUACGGCAAGACACCCUCUGUGACUUGCGUCCUAGUUGAUCCUCGGCACUUUGUUUCAUCUAUAUGCCGUUGGUGCGGUAGCAG